AUGUCACUGGCCAUAGUUGAUAAUUGGUUAAGUAUAAGGGUGAGAGUGUCGGUAGGGGUAGACUUAUCUGUUUGUAAAGGAGCAGUGGUUUCUGAACAAGCACCGCAUAUGGAAGAGGUGGAUCCGCUUCGGGAGAAAAUAUCUGGUCUUUAUUUGAUACUGGCUCCACCAAGGCGGGUACUGGAAGACCUCCCGCCACUAACCCUGCAUGGUGUAAAGAUCCCCUAUGCCAGUGAGGCAAAAUAUAUUGGAGUCAUUUUUGACCAAAGACUAACGUGGAACUAUUACAUCAUCAGAACAGCACAGAAGGCUGCAAUAGCCCUAGGAAGUGCGACAACCGAACGGCAGUGUGUACCGGCAGUAAUUUAA